AUAGUGUGCCUUCGUCUCUACGUCACGGUCUCAUGGCAGUCGCAUGUUAGGCACAAGUCGGAGAAGAUGUGUGCAUGCGGCGCCUUUAAGUAUUGAAUCUACACGCCGUCAGCACACGAACAAUCUCGUGCAACUUCAAAGGCACUUGAUAGUAGUGAUACUGACAGCUUAAUCACUUUCGCUCUGCAUCUCUAGACUUAGAUCAAAGUAGCGCCUCGAGUUUAUUGGUAUGUUCAAGAAACUCUCAGACCUGUUGUGCAGAUGGACAAAGGUUUUCUUCCGGUUUGGCUCACUACACUGUGACGCAGCCAAAGUUUUAUGGUGUAAAGCCUCUUGUGGAUCACUCAGAUAGUCGCAGCAUGCAGCAACCUGAAACAACUCAGCAAGAUUCGGGUGCUCGCUUACUUUUAAACAUAUCCCUAUCAAAGUUACCAGGAACAACCGUCAGUCUGGACGAUCGUGCAACUCCCUGUCGCUUCCGACUACUUAACUGCAAUGCUUUCCUGGACCAAAGCAACCUCCGUAUCAUGGAAUAUGCCACCUUCCCUCUAACAGAGCAUUUAUAUGCGGCAGUUCCUUACCCCUGGAGAGAUCUCCAGCCGCCCGAGAACUCGAUGCCACCCGAAGGUAGCUUCAGCGUUCGCGGUGCUGAACACGCCGAUCAAAUCAGCAUCGACGUCUUACGCACUGCGUGUCUCGCUGCUCGUCGGCAUGGAAUGCCUUUACUGUGGCUCGACAGAUUGUGCCUUUUACAGACAAGCAAGCAAGACAAGAAUUGGCAGAUUCAGCGCAUGUUCCAGAUAUACAAACGCUGCAAUAUAUGCCUCAUCUUUCCCGGAGGGUUCGUACGACUCGCGGAUCUGUCUGAGCCAACUAGCUGGAUUGACCGGGCAUGGACGCUGCAAGAAGCUGCGGCGAAUUUGACCAGAGACACUUUGAAGUGUGUUUUCUCAUUCACGCAGUCAUCGCUUCAAGAGUAUUUGCAAGGUCUACCUGAGCCAGCUGGAUCCCCGGCAUUCAUCCAAUUCAUGUGUAGCGGCAGUACCUUUGUGCAAAUCCUGGAACCAGGUCAUUCAGGUAUAUGCGAUCUCAUGGAGCUUUUCGCUGCCAUCUUCUUCACGACAUCAUACUUCGAGGCGAACAAACUGACUUAUAAUGAUAUCCCCCUUCGAAUAGUGGCUGCUCCAGCGGCUGCCUUGCUCAAAAAAGGAUUACACGGCAACAACUUCAUCAAUCAUCAGAAUCUGUGGAUGUCGGCCUUCACUCGAACUUCGUCACGCCCUGUAGAUACGGUAUUCAGUGUCAUGGGACCCAUGGCGGUGAAUCUGACGGUCUCGGAAUAUGGGGCGAAUGACCGCCUCAGAGCAACAAUCCAUUUGAUUCAAGCAUUGCUCAAACGUGGGCGAAAAGCAGAUUGGUUGUUCAUCGCACCCGAACUACCCCCUUCUUCAGAGUUGUCCACCCUACCAACCUUUCCAGAGACAUCCGUAAGCGGGAGGGCAUUCAUCAGGACGCAUAACGGCGACAUUUCUGCGUUUGAUGCAAUUGGACUGAAAGAACCUUGGAAAACGGAUGGAGCACCUCAGGGUGUGAUGCCUGAUUCUGGUUACUUCACAUUCCGCGCAAAGGGCGCGUUGAUAGUCGGGAGGAGCAGUGACGCUAUUCCAAGCAAGAACGGGCAGUGGUAUGAAUGCCCCGCGUUCAAUUCGGUCCCGCUCGCCACUCAGGAAGUUUGGGCCGUAGUGGUCGGUCGGCGCCGAGAGUCAAAUCGUGACCCUAACACCGGUCAAAUAACGCUUUUCGAUGCCGACAAGCCUUUUCCAAAAAUCCAAGAAUUAACACUGAUGCUCAUCGAGAAGCAUGGUGUACAGGACGGACAAGCGCUUUACCAUCGAUUGGGAAUGGAGCAUGAGAUUGACGAGGGAAAGAUGGGAAAAUGGCAGUGGGUAGAGCGAGACUUCAGUGUCGGUGGACAAGGGAAAGGAGAUAGGGUACGGUUUGGAGUUUCAUUACAGGGUCCUGUUUACUUCUGAUGUGAGAGCCUGACAUUCUACGUCAGGUUGCUAGUAUGAGGACCUGUAUAAACAUAUCACUAGUCCUUGGCGAUUUACUUAGUUUCGAUAAAUAAUACGAGGCUCACAAAACAGAGUUUUCUAUGUCUGAUUCUGCCAAUAGAGGGUGGUUGUAGAUGGUGACCUUGUCACUCACCUCAUGUGAUUCAGUGUUUUAGUAAAGAAACGUUGAACAAUUGUAGCACACUACUGUUUGUAGCCAGGAUGAUUUCUUCACAUAUGUUAAUUAGUUGGUGAGAACAUGUGUGCAGAUACUGUAGAAAGCCAGCAGUGAAAUAUAGUAGUGGGGAGCAG